AUCACGCUUUGACUUCACAUGACACUCCUUUAAGUAACUGGUCGACGUUUUCUAAUGUUUAUCCAAAUUUACUUCAACAUUUCAACUGAGUCAAACGUUUUCUCAUGGAUUCUAGUUUUUCAAGCAUUGUUCCUGCUCCCCAAGAUCACAUACUCACUGUAUAUUUUGCUAGUAGAGAUGAUCUUAGUCCGGUUAAGUUGAAUUUAAGCGGAGGUUCCUAUCGGUCUGAGGAAGGAAAGCCUCUUGUUCUUCAGGCUGUGAGGCGAGCUGAGCAACAGUUAGCAAAUGACAUGUCUCGGGAUAAGGAGUAUCUUCCCCUUGAUGGACUUGCUGACUUUAACAAAUUGAGCGCCAAGCUCAUCUUAGGUGAUGAUAGUUCUGCAAUGAAAGAGAAUAGAGUUGUUACGAUCCAGUGUUUGUCUGGUACUGGUUCUUUGAGAAUUGGAGCUGAGUUUCUAGCAAAACACAACCAAGAACGUGUCAUAUUCGUUUCAAACCCAACGUGGGGGAACCAUCCUAAUAUUUUCAGUUUGGCGGGUUUUUCUGUUGAAUAUUAUCGUUACUAUGAUCCGAAAACCCGAGGACUCGACUUCAAAGGCAUGCUCGAGGAUCUUGGCGCUGCACCGUCUGGAGCUAUAGUGGUAUUGCAAGCUUGUGCGCAUAACCCCACAGGAGUUGACCCAACACUCCAGCAAUGGGAACAGAUUCGACAAGUUGUGAGAUCUAAAAGCUUAUUACCGUUCUUUGAUAACGCAUAUCAGGGUUUUGCUAGUGGUGACCUUGAGUCAGAUGCACAAGCUGUUCGAAUGUUUGUUAAUGAUGGAGGUGAAUGUUUGAUAGCUCAAAGUUUUGCCAAAAAUAUGGGUCUUUAUGGAGAGCGUAUUGGCGCUCUUACCAUUGUAUGCACCUCAGAGGAUGUGGUUAGGAAAGUAAAGAGCCAACUGCUACUUGUUGUGAGACCUAUGUAUCUUAGCCCACCUAUUCAUGGAGCAUCAAUUGUUACCACAAUUCUUAAAAACAGUGAUAUGUACAAUGACUGGACGGUUGAGCUGAAAGGAAUGGCUAACCGCAUAUUUAGCAUGCGCAAACAGUUAAAUGAAGCUUUACAAGCUAGAGGCACACCUGGUGAUUGGAGCCACAUUAUCAAACAGAUUGGGAUGUUUAGUUUUACGGGGUUAAAUGAGAAGCAAGUUCGCUUCAUAGCCAAAGAGUAUCACAUUUACAUGAACUAUGACGGGAGGGUAAGCAUUGCAGGUCUAAGUUCUAAGACAGUUUCUCAACUCGCUGAUGCUAUACAUGCUGCAGUUACCCGUAUGGCCUAAUCUAGCGAUUGUGUUCUUUGUUGUAUAAUAUGUCUAUGAUUUCUUUUGCUUUUUACAUUUCAGAAGCGAAAACAACCAAGCAUAUAUUGUGUUUGAUAUCUAUAUGAUUUUCUUUUUUUC